CUCCGUCGGCCUUGCCCCGCCCAUCCUCCCACGGACGUCCGAUGGUGCCUGCUGCCAUGGCGACGCUGCUGCGCCGGGCUCUGCGCCCCCUCCGCCGGCUCCAGGGCUGGCCCGGGCCUGCUGCAGGUGUGCCCCUCCGAGCCGCGAGCCAUGGCGCCGGCCUGCUCUACCCCGAACACAUCCCCACCUCCCCGCUGCAGAAGGCGCUGCUGGCCGCCGGCUCUGCCGGAAUGGCGCUCUACAACCCGUAUCGCCACGACAUGGUCGCAGUUCUAGGGGAGACCACAGGAUGCCAUACCCUGAAGGUCCUCAGGGACCAGAUGAGGAGGGAUCCGGAGGGUUCCCAGAUCCUGCAAGAGCGCCCCCGGAUCUCGCUCUCCACCCUCGACCUGGGCAAGCUCCAGAGCCUACCUGAGGGCUCCCUCGGCCACGAGUAUCUCCGUUUCCUGGAUGUGAAUAGGGUCUCUCCAGAUACCCGGGCACCCACCCGAUUCGUGGAUGAUGAGGAGCUAGCGUACGUGAUCCAGCGGUACCGGGAGGUGCAUGACAUGCUCCACACCCUGCUGGGGAUGCCCACCAACAUCCUGGGAGAGAUCGUGGUGAAGUGGUUUGAGGCUGUCCAAACCGGCCUGCCCAUGUGCAUCCUGGGUGCACUUUUUGGACCGAUCCGACUCAGUGCCCAGAGCCUGCGAGUGCUGGUCUCCGAGCUGAUCCCGUGGGCAGUUCAGAAUGGGCGCAGGGCCCCGUGUGUCCUCAACCUGUACUACGAGCGGCGCUGGGAGCAGCCCCUGAGGGCUCUACGGGAGGAGCUGGGCAUCACGGACCCUCUGCACGUCGAGGGCCUGGCCCAGGCCCUGAGCCGCUGAACCAGAGGGGCCUGGCCCGGCUUCCCUUGGGGGCAGAGGACUCCUUUACCACUACCUUUGUUUCUUUUCUUUGAACACUGACCCUUGGACAUCAUUUAUCAGAAUUUGUCAUAACCACUGCUGAGUGGCUUUGAGGGCCGAUGCAGGAGGGAGCAGGCUGUGCAGUUGGGUUCCCAGGCAAGCCAGGAGUUACCCAGAGAGAACCACAUGUGAGCAGAAAUCAGCUGUCUAGGCUCAUAUGGCACGUCUUGGGUCCACAACCCCUGUUCCAGACCCCUCCCUGCCAGCCAGGGUUUUCUGAGUGCCAAGCUGGGUAUCCUCGCAGGAGUGAGGGCUACACCCAACUCCAGAGGGAAGCAGAGGGGGAGGCGAGUCCCCGGCGUCUGAAUAAAAUCUCCCAUCAGGUCAA